UCUGUGUGUGUGUGUGUGUGUGUGUAAAUAUUUUCUCUGCACUUGUGGAACCUGUCUGUCUGCUUUGUGUGUGUGUGUGUGUGUGUGUGUGUGUGUGUGUGUGUGAGAGAGAGAGAGAGAGAGAGGACACAUCCUGGGGUAUAGAGAAAAACAGAAAAUCUACAGAAGGACGAGAGAAUUUUCAGGUUGCCUGACGUGGCCUUGAUGUGGACUGAGUGUGUGUGUGUGUGCGUGUGUGUGCGUGAAAGCGUGAAUCUGUGAGGAGGUCCAAGACGAUCGUUUGCGAGUGUGCGUGGAAGAAAGAAAGAAAGAAAGAAAGAACGAGAGAGAGAGGGAGAGAGAGAGGGAGAGAAGUCAUCUCAUGGAGAGGCUCCUCUCUGGCUAUGGGGGGAUGUCAGAGUUUUAUUGGAUCUGGGGACGAGGCCUCACACACUCUGACUGUGGAGAACCAUGGAGACAUCAACGCACUGAAACUAACAAUAACAUUCAAAAGGGUCCACUGCUGCAAGAGAAACCGUACCUGCAGGAUCACUUCCUGAGAGACCGCAUCUCAGACGUUGACCUGUUCACACUGUCCGCUCUCCCACACGGCCUGGACCGACAUGAGUGGAUGGCCUUCAAUACCGUCUCUUUCUUUAAGAAUAUUAAUCUCGUCUCGAGCGCUCUGUCUGAAUUCUGCACCUCAACCAGCUGCCCAACAGCUAAAGGGCCAGGAAACAAGGUGUAUGAAUGGAUGGAUGAACAUGGGAAGAAGUUGAAGUGUUCAGCUCCUCUCUACACGGAUUACGCCAUGUCCUACAUCCAGGAACUUCUGACAGACGAAAAUGUCUUUCCCACCAGGGCAGGUGUAAAAUUCCCAAACGGGUUCAUGUUCCUGGUACAGAAGGUGUUCCUGUUGCUGUUCAGAACUCUGUGUCACCUGUACAGCGCUCACUACAGAGACGCCGUGGCUGUGGACCUCCACCCGCACCUCAACACACUCCUCACACACUUCAUCACCUUCAGCCACACCUUCAGACUGCUGGAGGCCUCUGAGACUGCGCCGCUUGAUGACCUCAUCAAUGCUCUCACACACUAACGAACUAACUAACACACACACACACACACACACACACACACACAUGAACAAACAGACACACACAAACACACACAGACGCACAGACACACACACACACAAACACACAGACACACAGACUGAGGGUCAUUAGUGAAGUGAGGGAGGAAAAAACAAGACUGAGUAGCGUGGCUGUGUGUGUGUGUGUGUGUGUGUGUGUGUGUGUGUGUGUGUGUGUGUGUUUGCAGUCCUUUAAUAUUUACUGUGUGCCCUAGAGUAAAGAAAGGAGUCUGAUCUGCACCUUACACACACACACACAAACACACACAAACACACACACACACACACACACACACACACGCACACACACGCACGCAUGUGCUCCUACUCCUAUUCUCAUGGACUGCUUUGCAUAUGAUAUCUGGUCUGACUGGUUUAAAAAGGAAUAAGAUCCGUUUACACACACACACACACACACACACACACACACAUAUAUAUUACCUUUAUCCUCUAUAAUGCUCAAAGAUAUUUAUAACAUAUAUAUAUAUAUAUAAGACCCCGUGUUUUUUUCUCCGUGCUGAUGUCGUUGUGCCAAAAGCUUUUUCUCACUUUUUUUAUUUCAUUUAAUCCAAUCGAUUAGAAACUAUGUAAAUAUAUCACAAAAUCUUUUUCUUCUUUUUUUUUUAAAAAAAAAAUAAAAAUAAUAAUCUCAACAUAAAUAAGGAAUAUUCCAAGAGACAGGGAUAUUUCUAAUAGUUUACAGUAAGAGAAAUAAAGCAGAUAGACCACGGCUGUGGCGUUCUUACCUCGUCUGCACAGUUUACCUUCAUUACAGCUACACAUGACAAUUCUGCUCAGUGAUCUUUCAGAUUUACUCAGCUUAUUUCAUUCGUAUAGAGCUUUACAAUACACAUUGUCUCAAAGCAGCUUUACAGAAACAUAUAAACACGGUAUACACAUUUUUUAAAUAAAUAAAUAAAUAAAGAUUUAUGGGUUCAUCUAUAAGAUUCUCCUCUUAAACCGAGAAGACAAACUAACCCCAGCAGAAUGAUGUUUAUUUCAUUGUUUUUUGUUUUUGAAAGAAGGCUUUAAUCUCUGACCAAUUCACAAUCACAUCAUGACAUGUUAAGUUUGUUUCCUCACUCACACACACACACACACACACACACACACACACACACACACACAUUCUCAGAAUAUCGUGAUCAACCUGUCUCUUAUCUUAUUGGUUGUGACGGUUUAAACUCUUUCAGGAAGCUCUGCAUAACAGACAUUACUGAGUCAUUUCCUAAGUGUCUUUAUAUCCUAGAGUCUUUAUUAUUGUGUGCAUUUUUACAAAUUCUUUAAAACUGCCAAGUAAAUAUAAAAAUAGCUUGGCCUGUGCACUGGUUUUUACUGCUUUACAAGCUUUUGCAGACUUAAUAAAGAAAUAAAUCUAUUCCUUAUUGAUUUAAAUGUCAGACUGAACAUAAUUAUCUGUCGGAGAAAUUUAUAAAAUACGUCACAUCACAAUACCAUAUAUUUUUAAUAAUAUGAAUAUUUUCAACAGAACGGUUGUCCCUGAAUUUCACGUCGUUGCUGUUUAGUUUUAAAACUCAUAUUUUGAGGUCACAAAAAUAUUAUGGAUAUUUUACUUGUAAAAUCUUCUUUUGGAUAUAAUUUGGAGUUAUUUUUAUUAUUUGGAGAAUAUUGGAGUUACACUUUCCUCUCAAAUAUAAUUUUUUUUGCAGAAAAAAGAGAAUAGAAUAAUUUAUUGAUGCUCGUGUGAUUAUAAACAAAUAAUAUUUGUUCAUAUUUAUGAAUUUAUUAGUCAGAAAGUCACCAUAUUCUGAGAAUUUAUGAUGUGUCACUAUGAAAUACUCAUUCGUUUCCUUUACACACCAAUAACCAGCACAUUCGGGAAAUUGCAUUUCACACACUAACACAUGUCCCUAAUUAUAAUUAAUUAUAAUUAUAAUUCAAUUUUAGACUGAAAACAAUAUGUAUAAAUUAUAUUUUUUAUUAUACCUCAUGGUGUUUUCUUGGUUAAACAAUAAAGAAAUGAUUUUA